AUGGAUCACUCUUUUACUCGCUCGCCUGCAGAGUUACUUCGUGACUUUGGUGUUACGGAGGAGGCAGGGUUGACGCAAGAACAGGUAUUGCGCUUGCGGGAGAAGUAUGGCUCCAAUGCGCUCGAGGAAGAGGAAGCUACCCCUCUCUGGAAACUAGUUCUGGAACAGUUCCAAGACCAACUUGUCCUCAUCCUCCUUGGCUCUGCCGCGAUCUCGUUCGUUUUGGCUCUUUUUGAAGAAGGCGAUGACUGGACUGCUUUCGUUGACCCGGCUGUGAUUCUGACCAUCCUUAUCCUCAAUGCUAUCGUCGGCGUUUCCCAAGAAAGCAGCGCGGAGAAAGCGAUUGCAGCUUUGCAAGAAUAUUCCGCCAACGUCACCAAGGUUGUUCGAAAUGGUACCUUACAAAAGCUCAAAGCUGAGGAGCUGGUCCCCGGAGACAUCAUCCAUAUUGCAGUGGGUGACCGCGUUCCCGCCGACUGCCGGCUACUGUCGAUCCAAAGCAACAGCUUCCGAGUUGAUCAAGCAAUCUUGACCGGUGAAAGUGAAAGUGUCAGCAAGGAUACCAAGGUCGUCUCGGAUAAGCAGGCUGUCAAGCAGGACCAAACAAAUAUGCUGUUUUCUGGAACUACCGUCGUGGCUGGCCAUGCAACUGCUAUUGUCGUUCUCACUGGAGCAUCGACCGCUAUCGGGGGCAUCCAUGAGAGUAUCACUUCUCAGAUUUCCGAACCCACGCCCUUGAAGCAGAAACUGAACGAUUUCGGCGAUAUGCUUGCAAAAGUGAUCACAGUGAUCUGUGUUGUCGUCUGGUUGAUUAAUAUUGAACACUUCAAUGAUCCUUCUCAUGGUGGCUGGGCAAAGGGUGCCAUCUACUAUCUCAAGAUUGCCGUGUCUCUGGGUGUUGCCGCUAUUCCGGAAGGUCUUGCCGUCGUUAUCACCACAUGUUUGGCGUUGGGGACUCGUAAGAUGGCAGCCAAAAAUGCGGUGGUACGAUCAUUACCUUCUGUUGAGACAUUGGGAAGCUGCAGCGUUAUCUGCUCCGAUAAGACCGGAACCUUGACCACCAACCAGAUGAGUGUAGAGCGGGUUCUUUAUCUAGAUCCUACCGGACAAGGAUUUGAGGAAAUUGACGUCGAGGGUACCACCUUUGCUCCUGUCGGCGCAUUGAAGAAACACGGAAAACCCUUGACAGAUUUGGCUGUUUCGUCCUCGACAAUCCGUCAAAUGACCGAAGUUCUUUCCCUGAACAACGAAGCUACCUUGGCCUAUGACCCGAAAACCGGAUUUACUUGCAUUGGUGAGCCUACAGAGGGAGCCCUGCGCGUUCUAGCCGAGAAGAUCGGAACGGACAACGCUGGCUUCAACGAGAGCAUACGAUCUUUGCCUCCAUCUGCUGCUUUGCACGCCACUAGUAAAUACUACGAAACUAAGCUACCGCUAAAGGCGACAUAUGAGUUUUCUCGAGACCGCAAGAGUAUGUCUGUAUUGGUUGGGGAGGGUAAAGAACAGAAGCUUCUGGUCAAAGGUGCUCCUGAAUCUAUUCUCGAGCGAUGCUCUCAUGUCCUUCUUGGGUCCGAUGGUCCCCGCGUACCCUUGACCCAGAGCCACAUCAGUUUGAUCUCUGAGCAGGUAGUUGAAUGCGGUAACCGGGGUCUUCGUGUCAUCGCACUAGCUACCGUGAGCGACGUCUCGACCAAUCCCCUCUUGCACACAGCAAAGACUUCAGAAGAGUAUGCCCAGUUGGAACGCAACAUGACCCUGAUCGGGCUUGUUGGCAUGCUUGAUCCCCCUCGUCCAGAGGUUGCCAAUUCAAUCCAAAAAUGCCGUGAAGCGGGUAUCCGAAUUAUUGUCAUUACUGGAGAUAACCGCAACACUGCCGAAUCCAUUUGCCGCCAAAUCGGUGUUUUUGGCGCAGACGAAAAUCUCGAGGGCAAGAGUUUUACCGGUAGAGAGUUUGACGACUUGACGGACAGUCAGAAGUUGGAAGCUGUCAAGAACGCAUCUCUAUUUUCUCGUACGGAACCUGCUCACAAGUCCAAGCUCGUCGAUCUACUUCAAUCAAUUGGCCACGUUGUCGCCAUGACUGGUGACGGUGUCAACGAUGCACCGGCCUUGAAAAAAGCAGAUAUUGGUGUUGCCAUGGGUACGGGUACAGACGUCGCCAAGCUUGCCGCCGAUAUGGUCCUCGCCGAUGACAACUUUGCUACUAUUGAAGUUGCAGUAGAAGAAGGUCGUUCUAUCUAUAGCAACACCCAACAGUUUAUUCGCUACUUGAUCUCCUCAAACAUUGGUGAAGUGGUAUCCAUCUUCUUGACUGCUGCUUUGGGACUACCGGAAGCUCUUAUUCCCGUGCAAUUGUUAUGGGUGAACCUUGUUACUGACGGUCUACCGGCUACUGCACUCUCAUUCAAUCCCCCUGAUCAUGAUGUCAUGCGCCGACCUCCUCGCAAGCGUGAUGAGGCACUUGUUGGCGGAUGGCUCUUUUUCCGCUACAUGGUUAUUGGAACAUACGUUGGCGCAGCCACUGUGUUUGGCUAUGUAUGGUGGUUCAUGUUUAACCCUGCCGGACCCCAGAUCUCUUACUGGCAAUUGUCCCACUUCCACAAAUGCACCAGUGAUUUCCCCGAAAUCGGCUGCUCCAUUUUCCACAACGACAUGUCCAAAUCCGCCUCAACAGUGUCCCUCUCCAUUCUGGUCGUAAUCGAAAUGUUGAACGCAAUGAACGCUCUUUCGUCCAGUGAAUCACUGCUCACUUUCCCCUUGUGGCACAAUCCCAUGCUCGUGUACGCCAUUGUCUUGUCAAUGUCGCUCCAUUUCGCGAUUUUGUACAUUCCGUUUUUGCAAGGGUUGUUUGCUAUUUUGCCCUUGGAUUGGAAUGAGUGGAAGGCUGUGUUGGGGAUUAGUUUGCCUGUUAUUAUCAUCGACGAAGUCCUCAAAUACUUCGAAAGACGCCUCUACGACCAACGCGUCGAGCAUCCCUCUGACUCAUGUCCAGGUGGUUCUUUUUUCAUUAGCAAUUUCUUACUAGUUACUGCCCGUUAUCUCGAUGCCAGCACCCGGGGAAACUUGACGACCUUUGGUAGAGGAAUAUGUAAAUCUAGCAAUGUCCUAAUGCAACUAGGCCGGAUAGGAAGCUUUGCACAAUAUGUAAGUUUUCUUUUGUCAUCCAACAACGGCACUCCCCCGAAUACCGUGAACGUCGCUUUUCAAAUCCCCCUUUAUGUUCUUGAAGUGAUAGGCGAAUCAUUUGCCGUUCCUAUGGUAUAUGAUCAUGCAAUUAAUACUUCGCCGCAGAAUUUGAAGAGUGUCGUCCAGGGUGUUUAUGUUUUGAAUGCUGCGCUUUGGUAUGGGAUUAGUCUUGCUUUGAGUCCUAAGGGUCCUGAGUUACUUUAUACCUAUUGUAUGCUGGGCUAG